AUGGAAGCCGAUGAAAUGAACCGUGCUAGCACAUCUGAAGAGAACCCUGGCUCGAAGAAGGUUGCCAAAUCACAGUUGAACAAAAAGCUGAUGGAUGCCUGCACAGAUCGUGAUGUCAAGACGGCCAAAAAAGUGAUUCUGCAAGGGGCGAACGUUAACCACCGUACUUCACACGACGUCACGCCGAUUCUUGCAGCCGCUGAACACGGUGACGUUGAUCUGAUCGCCCUGCUCUGCAGUCAGCCUAACUGCACCGUCGAUCUCCAACAGAAGACCAUUUACGGAGCGACUCCCUUGCAUUUGACCGUUUUCUUCGGACACAGGCAAGCGAUGCUGGAGCUUUUGCGCCGAGGAGCGUCGACGAUCUGUUGGGACAACCUGGGCCGUUAUCCCCUGCAUUUUGCCGUCACUCAGAAGGAUGUCGGGGCUGCAAGAGUUCUCCUCAAGUACGGAGCACCGGUCAACGUCUACGAUACUUUCUUCGAGAGCCCUCUCUACAACAGCGUUAUGAGGAAACCAUGCGUGGCUAUGGCAAAACUCCUUCUGGCCAACGGGGCCUCCAUGGAUCCCCCGCCUCAAAGCCAUGGCUUAGGGCUGCUUCUGGAAGCAGUUUUGGGCGUUCGGGUCAGCUCCGAUUUAGAAGCCGUCAAAGCUCUGAUCCGGGCUGGAGCGAAUGUGAACAUUGCAGACCCGAUAGCCCGGAGAACUCCGCUUCACUUAGCAGCAAUUAAUGGCCGAUUGGAACUGGCUCAAUAUUUAAUCCAGCAUGGCGCAGACUUAUACGCAGAGAAUCGCGCCGGACAAACUCCUUUGGAGGUUGCAUUCAACUAUCGUAACCUGAAGGUUGCUCAUUUGAUUGAGGAUAGCCGCAAGUUGCAAACAACAAGUUGUACGAGUCAAAUUCUUGAGACCACCGUAGGUUCUGAUUCGUCGAUCAAUCGCUUAGACUAG